GAAAAUCAAAGUGUAAGGAUGUUGGUCUUCUAUAUAGCCAGUGUUUUAAUCAGUGUAAAUGAAGCAGCAAGAAUCCUAGCAGUGUUUCCAACACCAUCAAUCAGUCAUCAAAUAGUCUUCAGACCUAUAACUCAAGAACUAGCUAAAAGAGGCCAUGACGUCACAAUCAUUACUACCGAUCCCGCAUUCCCAAAAAGAGACUCACUUACAAACCUCACAGAGAUCAACGUACACGAUAUUUCAUACAAACUAUGGCACGACAGACUAUUAACAGCCGUCGGCAAAGGACAACAAAAUGAUUUGAAGAGCCAAAUUGAAAGAUAUUACGCAACAAUACUUGAAAUAGUCCUACAACAGUUACAGGAUAAUGAAGUCCAAAAAGUGAUUAAUGAUAAAAAUAAAAAGUUUGAUCUUUUGUUUCUUGAAGCUUGUGUGAGACCAGCCCUUUUAUAUUCCCAUAUCUACAAAGCCCCUGUCAUACAAGUGAGUUCAUUUGGUGCAAUGCCUGGGAACUUAGAAGCUGUUGGUGCGCCAGACCACCCUAUUCUAUAUCCAAAUAUAUUUCGGCAAAAAACUAAUAAUAUCACAAUGUGGGAGAAAUUUGUUGAAAUCUUGAAAUACUAUGCCUUUAAUAAGAUACAUAAAAGUUUUGAAGAAACUGAGACUGCAGCAAUUAGGAAAGUGAUUGGUGCUAAAAUGCCAGAAGUGGGAGAAUUGUUUAAAAAUGUUCAUAUGUUGUAUCUAAAUGUCCAUCCAGUGUUUGAAGGUAUUCGUCCUGUUCCCCCUAAUGUUGUGUACAUGGGUGGUUUGCACCAAAAUCCUGUGAAGGAAUUACCAAAAAUCGCCAAAGUUAAAAAGAAACUUAACAAAAUACUUCUAUUUCAGGACCUUAAAAACUAUUUAGACAACUCUAAAAAUGGUGUCAUCUAUGUAAGUUUUGGUACAAACGUGUUAUCUGAUCAGCUACCCAAUAAAAUCGAAGAUAUGGUAAAAGUGUUAUCUCGUCUACCAUAUGAUGUACUAUUUAAGUGGGAUUACGAUGAACUACCUGGACAACCUAAAAAUAUUCGAGUUUCAAAAUGGCUACCACAGUCAGAUUUACUUCGUCACCCGAAAAUUAAACUUUUCAUAACACAAGGAGGUUUACAAUCUACCGACGAGGCUAUUACAGCAGGAGUGCCUCUGAUUGGUCUACCAAUGCUAGGCGAUCAAUGGUUUAAUGUGGAAAGAUAUGAAUAUCAUAGAAUAGGAAUCAGAAUUGAUUGGGAUACUUUUACUGAAGAAAAAUUCGAAAAUGCUGUUAUUAAGAUAAUUGGAGAUGAGAGCUAUCGUCAAAACGUUGUGAAGCUUCAAACAUUAAUACAUGACCAGCCAAUGCGUCCUUUAGAACGAGCAAUAUGGUGGACGGAGCACGUGCUGCGUCACGGCGGCGCGAGACAUCUGCGUGGACCUGCAGCCAACAUGCCGUGGUCGGAGUACCACGAAUUAAAUUUAGCCCUCAUUUUAAUAUCCAGUCUACUCAUUUUAAUAUUUAUAUUCAUAGCACUUAUUUAUUAUGUCUGUAUAAAUUGUACAACUUUAAAGAAGCUUAAGGCAGACUGA